UUACGAAGGGUCGAAAUUGUAAACGCGUGGGUUUCGCAUGAAUUGUUCAUCAGAUCAAAGUGUUUUGCUUCAUUAUGCGUGGAGGAUCUCACCGCCUGGAAUAUGACUGGAGUUAGGCGAAUUAGAUUGGGCCAGCAUCAGCUUCCAACAUUCUGCGGCCCAGUCAGAGUCAAAGGUUCGAGCCAACUUUCCGAGUUGGAGUUGGAGUUGGGCUUGGAGUUGUGCACCGAACUGUUUCUAUGUUCUAUCCAAAGUCGGGAAUUGCUCGAACCAAACCAACAUCACGACUUGAUCCCAUUAUGAGUACUAUCCCCGCACGAGGUCUCGCAAGUCCUAAUGGCUUUUCCAGAGCCUUCGUUGGCAAGCUCUGUAUCCACGAUGGUGCCAGCAACUUUCCAUCCUUUUCCUAGACUCCCAACUGAAACUCGAACUCAAAUUUGGGCAUAUUCUUUUGAGCCUCGUGUUCUUACUAUUCGAGGGUUAACCUCUGUCCUCCUAAUCGACCCUAGGAACCUAGAUUCCGGAGUCAUCGAACUCCCAUGGGAUCCCAGAGAUCCAAACUGGAGACGUAAACGUACUCUGCUUGUAAAAACGUUCAUCGUCUUUGAAGGUGCUCACUCGGAUCUAAAGGCAAUGGAAUCAUGGGUGGGAGGUUCUGCACCGAGCGGACAUGUCUUAGCCAAACAGGACGAGCCUAUUGUGAGAGCACCAAUGGCACCGGUCGCUUUGUAUAUAUGCCGUGAGAGCAGGACAAUGGCUUUGGCACGUUAUGCUCUCGGAUUUGGAGCAAUCCAAAAACAUUCGGAUAGCCCACAUCGCCUUGGGGAUUCCAGGUGGGAAGAGCAUGGAAUGAUUGAAAAGACAACGUGGGUUGACUGGGAAAGAGACACGAUAAUGAUCCCUUUGUACCCAUGCAGACGCAUCUGUCUUGAGGACAACCCCCUCAUUCAGAGACUAGCGGUAAUGGAGCGCGAGAUGUGGUUGCAGGACCUUACACCCAUUCAAUUUCUGGUGGACAUCCUCAAGAUCCUCAUCCAUUUCAAAACACUACUUGUUUAUAUAAGACCCACAAACGUUGCCAAAGACCCAUUGCACCCAGAAGAAAUGAGAAAAUGAGUGUUAAAUGCUAUUACUUCAGCGCAAGCCAAGGAUCCGGACUGGAUCCAUCGUCUGCCGUCGGUAGAGACGAGAAUUCUCGACGGUCGCGAAGGCCGCUGCAAGUUUGAUACUACACGAAGACACGGAGAGCUUCGUUUCCCCUUUCCUCACAGUAGGAUGGGUAUUUAAUAUUGAAUGAGGUUGCUGGGACGAAAUGAGGAGGAAGGCA